AUGGAAGGAGUUGACGAACUCGAUGCCAUCAAAGAUUAUCUGUCCGAACUUAACCGCUCAGCGCAGAGCUUACAAAAUGCAAAUUACCACCGCAGUGUGUUGAAGGCUACAUCACGGAAGGAGCAGAAUGAGAACAACCCCUUCCUCCGGUGCAUACAAAUGAGGAGAGACAUGGAAGAGCAAUUCAGGUGCAUCGACCUUAGUAGCAACUCGAAGGACGGGGGGAGUGCCAGUACAUCGGAUGACCCCUCUCAGGGGGAAAGGCGAAGUAGAGGAGGCAUCCCAACAGGAAGAGCACCUCAAGUAGGGCAGAGGAGAAAAAAACAAACAACCUCGCAACAGAAGAGAGGGGAAAAAAAAAAAGACAUCCGCUUCUCACUUGAGAACAGAAGCAGUCCCGAGGGAAGGAACCAAUGCGGGGAAGCCAACGGGUGUGCCGCCUCCCCUUACGGACGGGGAGACACACAGACGAGGCUCAUUCCGUGUGGAGAGGCAAGGAAGCGGGAGGAGGGCGAACACGGCAAAAUGGGGGGAUGCGCCGUGCGCACAGACCAACGGAAGGAAACCAAAGCGGACAGGACGAAGCAGACGGAGCAUACAGCCAACUUCUCAAACGACCGGGAAAGGGAACUCUUCCAGUACUUAAUUGUAAAGGCAAAUGACGAAAUUGAAAAUAUCAGCCUGAUCUUGGAGAAGAAAUAUGGAGAAGAACUGAUGAGCAGAGUGGACAAGAUAAAAGCAUCGUACGAAAAUAAAAUAAAAAACUUGUCCAAGGCGAAGAGAUGUCUUUGCGAUGAGAAGGAACAGAUGGUGAAGGAGGAUAAGUACAACAAGGAGGUCAUGAAAAAAUUGGAAAAAAAAAAUUCAGUGUUGCUACACCAGAUGGAACAAUUAAAAAAAAAACUUCCUCUUGUUUAUGACGCAACAUUGCAGAAGGAAGUGCCAAAAUGGAAUACUGAGCAAGUGGGAAUGGGAACAUUGAGAGAUGGAUUUUAUCGAGAAGACCACCUAAUUAGGGAUUACGAAAAAAAGAUAAACAAGCUAAAUGAGCAGCUGAACCGAACGCAUGGAGAGUGCUUAACUUUUAAAAGCAAGUGGAAUGACCUACAGCGAGAAGUGCACAGAUGCCUUACCUCCAAAAAGGAAGUGGAAGAAAAAUGGGCCCACUUGAAAGGGGAAAAUUUCAAGAUGGAAGCGGAGAAUCACCGCCUGAGGGCCGAACUGAAGAAAGCCAAGUUGAGCGUCCAGCAGAUGGAGGAAGACCAUGCAGACGCCUGCCAGAACAAGGAUCACCUCCUCGCGUGGUACAAAACAGAGGAAAAGAAGCUGAAAGAAGAUAAGUGCGCAGUGCUGGAAAAUAUAAACCACGAGCAGCUAUUCGAAAAGAAGUGCAAAAUGCUGGAAAACGCGCUAAAAGAUGCAGAAAAUGAGAAGAGCAUUUGCGAAAGGAUCUGCGAAAAGAACGAAAAAAUACAGAGAGACAUGCGCAUCGAAAUAAAGACUCUAAAGAACGAACUGUACGAGUGCAGAAAUAAAGCUUACAAAAUUAGUAAAUCUGGAGUUAACAUCCCGCAGGGGGGGAUAUUCUAUGGACACUCGAAUGGGGUGGAGGCAAAAGGAGAGCAGGAAACGACGGAAAGGAUAAAAUCCAUAGAGAAGCAACUUACAUUGCUCCAACUGGAACGUAGUAACAAAGAGGUGGAACUAAAAAGGUGCCCAAAGCAUGGGGGAAAAACAGAAGAAGUACGAAGAAGGGAAUGCCUCACCAAGAGGCUCCAAUGCAUCGACGAGAAAAUAAACAUGCUUGAUGGGACAUUAAAAAUGAUUCAAAUGGUCACCGGCGAUCACGUUACGUGA